AGAAUAUCCCCAAACAAUCUUCCAAUUCAAAACUACUCCCUUUGUUAUAGAGUAUGGACUAUCCAUCUAUUUCUCUAUCAGAUUUUCAACAAUGACCCACCUCAAAAGUUGGGAGAUUAGAAACCCAGUUCUCUUUUGUUUUUUAUUCUUUUCUUUCUAUCAUUGGUUUUAGGGACCCAGACAAUUCUUUGCUUUUCUAAUUAUUAUAUUCAUCCUAGCCUCCCAAAAUUCCUUUCAUUCUGGUGUUUCUUCUCAUUUUCAACAUUUCCUUUGUGGAUUUUCUUCUGAAAUUAGUUGUGUUAUUGUGGUAAAAAAGAGAUUCCUUUUUUCCUUUCCACUAUUGAUAAGUUGAUGUCCUUAGGAGUUGGAGCUGUAGCGAGUUCUUGCAACAUCAUGGGUUUGGAUGGAGAGAAAGGUUCUGAGGUUUUGGAGAAAACAAGAGUACAUCCUCCAAAGAGAAAUGAUGAGGCUGUGCAGAUGUUAGGCUGUCAAGUGAGCGAGUCCCUUUUCUAUACAAUUGAGGAAGAGGAUGAUGAUGAUGAUGAUGAUCACUCCAAUAAUUUGCAGUUGGGUCCUCAGUGCACUCUGAAAAAGCAUCUUGAAAAAUAUAAGGAUGAUGAGAGCUUAAGGAAGUGGAAGGAACAGCUUCUUGGGUGUGUGGAUUUGGAGAAGAUUGGAGUGUACUUAAAUUUGGGCUUAGAUUUUUGUUGGUAAAGUAAAAUGUAUUCCCUUUU